CACACUUUAGGAUUUCGUUGAACUAUCCCUAGUUUUAAAUCUACCGCCAAACGACUGACAACUUCAACCGCGCCCUCCCGCGUCCAGCCGGAAAAUAAUGUACAGCAUUGCCAAAUGGAUUUCAAAUUUGACAACUCGUCAACUCAAUAAUGUUUACGUCGACGUGAAAUAGUAAACAUCUUCAUUCAAAUCGUGUGUAGUAAAAUGUUAAACAUAUUUGAGAAACUUAGGCGUUUUGAUGCAUAUCCCAAAACCCUAGAAGAUGUCCGGAUUAAAACUUACGGAGGCGCUGUUGUUACAGUGAUAAGCCUCACAAUAAUGACCUUGCUAUUUUGGACUGAAUUAGUGGACUAUUUAACACCAAACGUGUCAGAAGAGCUAUUUGUCGACACUUCCAGGAGUCCUUCAAUACAAAUAAAUUUAGAUCUUGUUGUACCUACAAUAUCUUGUGACUUUUUAGCUUUAGACGCUAUGGACUCGUCGGGUGAACAGCAUUUGCAAAUUGACUACAACAUUUAUAAGAGGAGGCUAGAUGUGCAUGGACAACCAAUAGCCGAACCAAAGAAGGAAGAUAUAACAAUCAAAAGUAAAAACAACACAGAAGUUGAAACAACUAAUAAAACUGAGUGUGGAAGUUGUUAUGGUGCUUCUUUUGAUCCACAUAGGUGCUGUAACACAUGUGAAGAUGUGAGAGAAGCUUAUAGAGAAAGAAGGUGGGCGUUUCCAGAUAAUCCAGAAAACAUCACACAAUGUAAAGAAGAAAAGUUUAGUGAGAAACUGAAAACAGCGUUUUCACAAGGAUGCCAGAUUUAUGGCUCUCUUAUUGUUAAUAGGGUCAGUGGUAGCUUCCAUGUUGCUCCAGGAAAAAGUUUUAGCAUAAAUCAUGUGCAUGUGCAUGAUGUUCAACCAUUUUCAUCUACAGAAUUUAAUACCACUCAUAAAAUAAGGCAUUUAUCUUUCGGUGCAAGCAUAGACAGUGAUUCCCACAAUCCCCUCAAGGAUACUGUAGGACUUGCAGAGGAAGGGGCGACCAUGUUCCAAUACCAUAUAAAAAUUGUACCAACAGCAUACGUAAAGAGGGAUGGACAGGUGAUAAACGCGAAUCAGUUUUCCGUUACUAAACAUAGGAAAGUAGUUUCGAUAAUGAGUGGGGAGUCCGGUAUGCCAGGAAUAUUUUUCCAGUAUGAACUUUCACCCUUGAUGGUGAAGUACACAGAGCAGAGUAGGUCGUUUGGUCACUUUGCGACUAAUGUUUGUGCAAUUAUUGGUGGGGUGUAUACUGUAGCUGGACUAAUUGAUACGUUAUUAUACCAUUCAGUGAAGCUUAUACAAAAGAAAAUAGAACUGGGUAAAUUAAAUUAAUUUAUUGUUAUUGGUAAAGUUGUUCUGUUAUACAUUCCUCCAGUGAGAACAUAUUAUCAUUUAUAUACACGAAAAAUUGGUUAACAGUUUGGAAUACAGUGUACAUUGAUUUUAAAAUAAAUAACAGUACAAAA